CGUGAGUUGACCAGAAAACGCGGGAGUCCACGGGUAUUUCGGUACCCGAUUCGUACCCGACCCAAUUAAUUACCCAUUUCCUCUCGUUCAGCAUUCUACCAGAGGCAGACGCUCUUCUUCUUCUUCUUCUGGUCUCGAUAGUCUUUUCUCACAUAUCACACACCACCAAAAAUUCCUACUCAAAAGUGCCCUAAAACCCUUUAAGCUUUGUGUAUACAUAAAUAGAAUCUUUAUGUAUUUAUAUUUCCUGGGUAUUUUCUAUUUAUAGGAAUUAGGCUUUCUUCUACAGGCAAACUCUCAAUGGAUGAUCAUGAUGACGAUUGGGAAAUUCUGCUCUCUGCUUUAAAGGAUGGUUGUGUGGAUAUUGAAGAGGAGGAGGAGGAGGAGGAAGAAGAAGAAGAAGAGGAGGAGGAGGGUGAUGAUGAAGAUGUUAACAAUGAAAAUGUGAAAACAGAAUUGGCAUGUCCAUUUUGUUCAGAAGACUUCGAUAUGCUUGGAUUGUGCUGCCACAUUGACAGCGAGCAUCGCAUGGAGGCAAAGACCGGGAUAUGUCCUCUAUGUGCUGUCCAGGUGCGAAUGAAUAUGGCUACACAUGUCAUCGUGCAACAUGAAAGUAUACUAAAAGCUCUCAGCAAAAAGAAACUUCAAAAUGGUGGAUCUUUCUCAGCCUUAUCCUUACUGAGGAAAGAGUUGCUGAGUGCUUAUUUGGAAAAGAAGUCCAGCCAUGUCACUCCUUCCUCUAAUAUGGCAACCAACCAGUUACUGUUAUCAUUUGUCGGCAAUCAGCAGCCUUCCAAAAGACUUCAUACAAGACAAUCCUGCACUUCAGCUGAAGCAAGUUCAUCUGUAAACAGCCUAGAUGACCAUGUUAGUGAAAGAAGGUCCCAACCGUUUCCUUCAAUGGACAAGGAUCAGGAAGAGAAGUUCCAGAGAUCUGAAUUUGUGAAAGGACUAUUGCUCUCCACCAUACUGGAAGACUAUUUAUGAGACUGAACAUCAAAUGCUUCUUUUCCAUUAUUUGGAUACUGGCACAGAAGCUCUUUGAAGAUGCUCCACGAAAUAUGAUGAUUAAUUUAUUAGCAGCUAGAAGCUGUUGGUUGGAGUUAAAGCAGUGUUCACCUUGUAGUUGACUUGCUCCCUGCUGUGGUUGCCUAUGCAAAGAUAUGUCCGGUUAACAUGCUUUAACACAAUUCUUUCAAUUAAAGUGACUUCAGCGUGCUAUUUCUCUUUCUUUGUUGCCCUCUUAGCUGAUGUAGCUUAUACUACAUCAUGCACUUGACUAUCCGUGACUGGAAACAGAAAUUUUUCAUUCAUAUAGUCAGAUCCAAAAGGACUAAUUAUGAAGUAGCAUUUUUACGUCAUUGUCACAUUUUGCAAAAGAAAUUAGAUGUCAUUCUUUGAAUUGUU